CAUAUAAUAGAAAAAUCACGACAAAAGAUCCUUAUCGCACAGGCGUGGUUCCAUAAGACAAUUGGGCUCCCUACAAAUACCCCCAACACUCUCCAUUUUAUUUGCCAUCGACCAAAGCCUCAACACACCCCAAAGCCUCCUCAAAGCAACUUCAUCUUCAUCAACCCUCAAAACUUCGCCAGCAACAACUCUGCACCCACUGUUGGUGCUGUUGUUGUUUGCUUGAGCGAAAUUUUCUUUUUUUUAUCACUCCUCUUCUCUCACAGUCACCACCAGACAGAGAAUAUGUCAGGUACAGUUGGCAUGACUACUACACUUGUCUUGUCUUCUUCACCAUUGAAGAAGCUUGAAGAAGAGGCUGCUCUUCCUAUGGCAAUUGAGAAGCAAGGCAUAGUCUCAAUUCUUGGAUCUGACACCAAACAACUACACCAACAAACCAAAGGUUCCUCUCUGAGAAGAACUCUCUCAGCAGACAUGUCUUCGAAGAAAUGGUUGGCUCAAAAUGGGUUCUCCCCCAUGAAAAAGAUCGCUUCGUCUCAAGCGAUUGCGGUCUCAGUUGCAGUGGCAGACUCGUCUUCCUCGGAGGAGGGAGAAGAAGAAUUUGAAAGCCCCGGACAAGACGAGGUGUGGAGGUCUAUCCAAUCCAAGUCUCAGAAGAAGGAGGAGAUUGAAAAGCCUAGUCAAGUUGGUAUUUGGAGCUCAAUUCUAUCGCACAAGGCAAACGAGGACAAAACCGAGCUUCCUCCUCCUUAUGUUCAUCCUCUUGUGAAGAGAUCUGCGAGCACCUUGAGCGAGAAAAGCCUCGAGGUAUGCACCGAAAGUCUUGGAUCGGAGACUGGCUCCGAUGUGUUCUCCUCCUACCCGUCUUCAGAGAAGGGUGAUGCAGAAGAGGACAAAGAAGAAGAAGAAGAAGCCCAACAACCACAACAAGAAAAAGAAUUGCAAUAUUCCUUUGAUAUAGAGGAAUUGCGAGUUGAAAAGUACGACUACUCUACUAGUAAGAAAUUGGGUCUUAGCUCCUUCCCUCCUCCACUUCCUUCCCUCGCUCAUGGUGAUGGGCCAUCCCUUCACAUGCAAUCUCAUCGCGAAAAUGGGCGAUUAGUCCUUGAAGCCGUGUCCACUCCUUUGAAGAAUAACUUUCGCGCCCACCGCCAGGGUGGACGCCUUAUCCUCGAAUUUGCCUCACAAGAACCAAAUCGCGAUGAAAUCAUUGGUCAACAUCAUGAUGAUUAUGAAGUUGAAGAAAUCGAACGAGUGUUUGACAACUUCAAGGAAGAAAUAGACAAUGAAGAUGAAGAAAAUGAAAUAAUUGAAGCGGAAGAUGAAGAGGAGGAUGAUGAUGAUGAUGAUGAAGAGGAUGAGGAGGAAGUGGUGGUGGAGAAAAUUGAGAACAAAAUUGGAACUAAAGAGAUUGGAAUUGUGAAGGAGCAAGCACCAAAGUUGUCAAGUGGGGCAAUAAAUGUUCAUAGGUCAGCAAUUAUGAUGAAGGAGCUAUUGGGCCUAGACUAUAGGAACAACUCAACAUGGACUACUAAGAAGUUCAAUGAAGCAGUCAAUUUGGUGGAGAUGGAGGAGGAGGAGGGUUGUCCACCACCUCUAACCACACUAGCACAAUCACUUCCACGGCCAACACGUGUGGCUCGGCUAAUUCCCUCAUCAUCACCGACUACAACCACCGCCACCUCUUUCAAUGCUUAUGAAUACUUUUGGAGGACUAAACCUACUGUGGCCAACUUGAUCAACAACCCAAUCACCCAACAAUGCCCACCCCUUAAAAACAACUACAACAAGGUCUUUCUAUCAAGUGGCAAGCCAACUGAACAAGAGAUGGUGAUCUUGAGAAGGAAUAGGGAAGAUUACUUGGUUCCUUUGUUGAGGGGUUGCAAGGAGAGCAGGAGGUCACUUUUGAUAUGGGAGCCUUGUACCAUUGCUUCCUCUUGAUCCAUUUUCAUCCCAUCCAUUAUUAUUUGACUAAUGCUAAGAAUACAGAACUAAACGCAUAACGAGUCAUAAACACUUACUCAGUUGUGAGAUUCAUAGUAUGAGCCUCAUAAUUAUCUGAGUGUAUUUUUGACAUAUUUUGCGUUUAAUUUUUGUGUUGAUAGCAUUGCUGUUAUUAAUUACUAUAUAUUUUCUCAAUCUCUUGUAGCCAAAUAAACAUGAAAGAGAGAGAAUACUUUGCUUUAGGUGAUCAAAGAAUUGGAGAGAGAUGGUUUUAA